UUUGAACCCGGUUGCAAAAUGGCAGCAAACGGCGAACUGCAAAAGAAAGGAGAAGCUGUUCAGUUUUCUUACGAAUUCUGCUCCAACGGGACACGGUACUGCCUCACCGUCCCAGUGCGCGGGCUCCUGGGUCCCUCGAGAGCUCGCGAGUUAGCCUCGAGACUCGUGCGAGCGCACAAUCUUCCGUGUUACUUGGAAGAAGAGCUGUGCUCGCAGCUCGAGGAGUUUGCGAGGGACGCGGCUCUGAGACGAUGGGACCUCGAGGGAGACAAAGCCGUCAAACUCGCAGGAGACUCAGUUGCUGAAGAAGGGUCAAAGGUGGCCAAGAGAAUUCAAAAUCUUGCCGAACAGUACACAAACAACUGUGCAGAGUUCUCGGUUGCCACGGUAACCCAUGAUGAGGGUCCGUCGUUCUCGGACAUGUAUCACUCCCUUAUCCACUCCCCCGCCCUCGGUACCCUGCUCCAAUUGGAGCACACCUAUGCCUUGGCGAUGGACAAUUCCCUCCAGGCGUGGAGGAACGCUCGCGAGAACAUGGCUAAGAGACAUGAGAAGGAGUUGAGGGAUAAGAUGGCAGCAGUCAGUUCAUUGCAGGCGACAGAGGCAGAGCUGGGGGCAGUAAUGAGGGACCACGACAGAGACAGAACUGUUCUCGAGGUGCAGUGGAGGGGAGAGCUGGCCACGCUGAGGGAGACACAGAGACGCACUUACCACCAGUGGAUCGAGGGAGCCUACACGGAAAUGACGUCAUCGGGUUCAGCUAAUAGUUCUCAAUUUCUCCAGAGCAAAAGAGUGGGAGGAGGUGAGGAUGGUGAGGUGUUCUCUGAGAUGGGGAGUGAGGAGGGAGACGAGGCCACGCCCACCUCCGAAGAGAGCUUCACAAUACACCUCGGCGCUCAGUUGAAGAAUGCUCACAACCUUCGUCUCCUCUGCGGCCAUCCUCUCUCCCUCUGUCGCCAGAGGAGGGCGGGGCAGCAGGGGGGCGGGGCUCUGUCCAACCCGGAGCGGCUCCAGACCGCCAUGUCUCUCUAUUCCACUAAACUGACGUGUAUGAUUCUAAUGGUUGACGGCUGCCCGACCAAUGGUGGGGACAUCGAGCAAAAGUUCAGUGAGAUAUGUCACCAGAGCACAGACUUCCAUUUCCACGACUACUCUCAGCAGAUCUCGGCCGUCACUGACUGUCUAGCUAGAGUAUCACAGAGCCGGGUGUCUGGAGAUUUCUUCAUAACUCGCCACUCGAACCUGUCCCAGGUCCACCUGGUUCUCCAUCUCUCCACUGACAGAGAGGCCGUCAGAGACCCAGGUCUGCGGGCAAGGCACCCAGUGAUGAUGGGGUUAAAAAACUGUCUCCACGUUGCCGCUAGAAACGACGUCCAUCACAUCACUGUUCCUCUUCUCCUAGUGCACAGCAUGGAGCCGGUCAGUCAACUGGACAGUAUCCUAAAACUGGACGACCCAAUUUCGUUUCCUUUUCCACAGGAAAUGACCAUUCAGUGGUGUCUAAGGAGAGCUGAACUGGUCUUCAAGUGUGUUAAAGGGUUUCUGUUGGAGAAUCCUCUCUGGGGGAACGGCGAUUCGAGGACCAUUCAGUUUCUGAUUCCGCAGGUCUGCCCCUAUUGA